UCCAAAUCCACAGGAUCUGCUUUAAAUCACUCAGAAGACAACGCAUCCACCAGAGCAGAAGAGCGGACAUCUACGCAUUAAAUUCCCUUUCUUAAAUUAGCCCCCCUCAGCUUCGCGAUACCGCCCCCAAUUUCAGUGUCGGUACGGAGCCGCCAGGCCGGGACAGAGACGGAGAGAGAGCCCUCGGCCAUGGAAGCGCUCGGACCCGACCCCCCUAUAGGCCCGCCUGCCCCCACCUCCCUCUUCCAGCCCCCGCGGAGACCUGGCCUGGGCACCGUGGGGAAGCCCAUCCGCCUGUUGGCCAACCACUUCCAGGUGCAGAUUCCCAAGAUUGAUGUCUAUCACUACGAUAUUGACAUCAAGCCUGAGAAACGGCCUCGGAGAGUCAACAGGGAGGUGGUGGACACCAUGGUCCGGCACUUCAAGAUGCAGAUCUUUGGGGAUCGACAACCAGGCUAUGACGGGAAGAGGAACAUGUACACGGCUCAUCCUUUACCCAUCGGGAGAGACCGCGUGGAUUUGGAGGUGACUCUGCCAGGGGAAGGCAAGGACCAGACCUUCAAAGUGUCUCUUCAGUGGGUGUCUGUGGUGAGCCUACAGAUGCUCCUGGAGGCCCUGUCAGGCCACAACGAGGUCCCAGAGGACUCUGUUCAGGCUUUGGACGUCAUCACCCGGCAUCUGCCUUCUAUGAGGUACACCCCAGUGGGGCGUUCUUUCUUCUCUCCACCGGAGGGCUACUACCACCCGCUGGGCGGAGGGAGGGAGGUGUGGUUCGGCUUCCAUCAGUCGGUCCGUCCCGCCAUGUGGAACAUGAUGCUCAACAUCGACGUCUCUGCCACGGCAUUCUAUCGCGCCCAGCCUGUGAUUGAGUUCAUGUGCGAGGUGCUGGACAUCCAGAACAUCAACGAGCAGACCAAGCCACUCACCGACUCCCAACGCGUCAAGUUCACCAAGGAGAUCCGAGGUGGGUGGGGACCUGCAGGUCUUAAAGUCGAGGUCACGCACUGUGGUCAGAUGAAAAGGAAGUACCGUGUGUGUAAUGUCACUCGGCGCCCAGCCAGCCACCAAACGUUCCCUUUACAGCUGGAGAACGGCCAGGCCAUGGAGUGUACAGUGGCUCAGUACUUCAAGCAGAAGUACAGUCUCCAGCUUAAGUACCCUCAUCUGCCCUGCCUGCAAGUGGGGCAGGAACAGAAGCACACAUACCUACCCUUGGAGGUUUGUAACAUCGUGGCAGGGCAGCGAUGCAUCAAGAAGCUGACCGACAACCAGACCUCCACCAUGAUCAAAGCCACAGCACGCUCGGCACCUGACCGGCAGGAAGAGAUCAGUCGACUGGUUAAAAGCAACAGCAUGGUUGGCGGUCCUGACCCCUACCUGAAAGAGUUUGGCAUUGUGGUACACAACGACAUGACCGAGGUGACAGGACGUGUCCUCCCAGCCCCCAUGCUGCAGUAUGGGGGCCGGGUUAGUACCGACACCGGGCGGGACUGUGGCAGGGGACUCUCUCCGCAGAAUAAGACCGUGGCCACGCCCAACCAGGGCGUGUGGGACAUGCGGGGGAAGCAGUUCUAUGCCGGGAUAGAGAUUAAAGUGUGGGCCGUGGCCUGCUUCGCCCCUCAGAAACAGUGUCGCGAGGACUUGCUCAAGAGCUUCACAGACCAGCUAAGGAAGAUCUCGAAAGACGCGGGGAUGCCCAUCCAGGGCCAGCCGUGUUUCUGUAAAUACGCUCAGGGGGCGGACAGCGUGGAGCCCAUGUUCAAACACCUCAAGAUGUCCUAUGUGGGGCUCCAGCUCAUUGUGGUCAUUCUGCCCGGAAAAACCCCAGUCUACGCGGAAGUAAAGCGGGUGGGAGACACCCUCCUGGGCAUGGCCACUCAGUGUGUCCAGGUGAAGAACGUGGUGAAGACAUCCCCCCAGACCCUCUCCAAUCUCUGCCUCAAGAUCAACGCUAAGCUGGGCGGGAUCAACAAUGUCCUGGUUCCCCAUCAGAGGCCCUCAGUUUUCCAACAACCAGUCAUCUUCCUGGGUGCGGACGUCACCCACCCCCCGGCCGGCGAUGGCAAGAAGCCCUCCAUCGCGGCGGUGGUCGGCAGCAUGGACGGCCACCCCAGCCGCUACUGUGCCACGGUGCGAGUGCAGACGUCACGCCAGGACCUGUCCCAGGAGCAGCUCUUCAGCCAGGAGGUCAUCCAGGACCUAACCAACAUGGUGCGUGAGCUGCUCAUCCAGUUUUACAAGUCCACGCGCUUCAAGCCCACGCGCAUCAUCUACUACCGCGGUGGCGUGUCCGAGGGCCAAAUGAAACAGGUGGCGUGGCCUGAGCUGAUUGCCAUCAGGAAGGCCUGCAUCAGCUUGGAGGAAGACUACCGGCCAGGAAUCACCUACAUUGUUGUCCAGAAGCGCCACCACACCCGCCUCUUCUGCUCCGACAAGGCUGAGAGAGUGGGAAAGAGUGGCAAUGUCCCGGCCGGGACCACGGUGGACAGCACCAUCACCCACCCGUCCGAGUUUGACUUCUACCUGUGCAGCCACGCCGGCAUCCAGGGCACCAGCCGGCCCUCCCACUACCACGUCCUGUGGGACGACAACUGCUUCACGGCCGACGAGCUCCAGCUGCUCACCUACCAGCUGUGCCACACCUACGUCCGUUGCACCCGCUCCGUCUCCAUCCCCGCGCCGGCCUACUAUGCCAGGCUGGUGGCCUUCCGGGCCCGCUACCACCUGGUGGACAAAGACCACGACAGCGCGGAGGGCAGCCACGUGUCCGGCCAGAGUAACGGCCGGGACCCCCUGGCCCUGGCUAAAGCUGUCCAAAUCCACUAUGACACCCAGCACACCAUGUACUUCGCCUGAGCCAUGUCAGCAACGGGCAUACUUCGGUCUUCUCUCUCUCUUUCUUUCUUUCUUUCUCUCUCUCCAGUCUCUCUCUCGCCAGUCUCUCUCUGUCUCUCUUGCGUCUUGAUCUGCACCAAAGCGGUUCGAAGCCAGUGGAUUCUGCCAGUGGAGUUUUUUCUUCUCUGUUAAGGGAAAAAACCUUGCGUUCGGCGUUCCCGAUCGAGCCGCCCUCUACCAGCAAUCCGGCACUGAGAAACCAUCGGGGUUUCCGAUGCACAGAGAAAACAAAAUCCACACACCUACACAUGUUGAGCCAUUUCUCUUUUUUUUUCUUUGCUAGUGAUUUUUGGUUUUAAAUGUCUUUGUUUUUUGUAAGAUGCGCUGAGCAAACGGAGCGGACUGGCGUCCAAUCGUCAGUGUCAGCUCUUAGCUCUCCCAGCUAAGCAGGACUGUCUACUUUUACCUCAAAGCCCCUUUGGGCGAAAAUCUGUCACAAGGUCUUGGG